CCACAUGGUGAACACGAAUUGCUCCUCUUCGUCCCAUUGAAGUUAUGUGAAGAUCGAGCGGGAGUCUCCUGCGUGGGAUGAAGACACUUCACUGCGCCAAUGACUGCGCCAUGCCGAAGUCAAGUCACGUCGGUACUUCACGAGUCAACAAAGGACAGAAAGUGAAUUGUCGAGGCAACAAGACAUAAAGCCAACCGAUUGUCUUUCUUGACUUUGACCUCGACUACUAUUUCUGUCAAAUUCCCUUCACUCCUGCCGUUCAAUGGUAAACCUUCUUUGUGCUCAUGAUAAGGCAGUCUUUAUUCGCGCCCAACCAGCGAGUUGCCUUGCUCGAGAGGUUGCCUUUCCUGCGCCACUUUCGCUGAUCAAUUUAUUUUACCCUCAAGAACCCCUCCACGCCAACGCAUCCUACCUGAUACAACACCUCAAAGCACAAUGGACAGCGUGACCGACCCUGCUCUUCUCGCCGAGAUUGAAGACCUCCGCGACGAAAUCGCUCUCAAGGAGGCAAUCCUCGAGAGCCUGGAUGAGAAUAGUGGGGACAAUAGCGAGGAUGACGAACUCAGAAAGACGACACAGAAGGAGCUUAGGAGGUUGCAGAAACACGUUCGGGCUCUUCUGCCAGCUCGGAAACAGGAACACCACGACGGCCUGCCUCUCCGGAAUCUAAACCAUACUGCAGAGGCCUUGGGUGACGAGAGUCCUGUUAGUCGCCACAAUGAUAGUUUCUCGAGCCAACUUAUGCCUCCACCCAACCACGAAGUGGUGAAUCGCAAGCGUUACAGACAAGACAGCCUCGGUGACGGCAGACCAGAAUCUUCCAAAUCUCGACGAACAAGUCCAAGUCCUGGCUCAGCUCACACUGCUGCUCCAUCCCCAGCCGCCUCUUCUGCCAGUCUAGGCAGCCUAGAUGAUCCGUUUGCUGACCCCCUUUUCGGCGGGUUCUCGAGGGAGGAGGUUGAGCUGAACCAGGACUUCUGGAAAAGACGCGAACAUCAAAAGCAGCAGGAAGAAAACGAUGCUAGACUCGCGGAGCGGCUCUCACAGGAGUGGUCUCAGCAUGCGGGCUCAGAUACAAUACCACCCGUUGCCUCACGUCCAUUUGAGUAUACUCAAUCCUUUUUCAAGACGGAUGGCAGCAUCAAUCGACCUCCUGUCAAUCAGCCUUCAUUCUCCCGUGACGGUACUCGACCACUUCAACCUGUCAGGACAGAAGAACCCUUGACUAACAGCACUCAACCGCUGACCUUCGUCAAGCCAGAGACUUUGGAUUCGAGAGCCAUCAAAGCAGACCCUGGCUCUACCUUUCCAACUGCAAUGCCUGGAGCUUUCCCGGUCGGGCAAUCCUACAGCAGCGUCGGCGGGCAACAGGUUUACAACUACAUCCCCUCCGCACCCAUCGCGCCCUACAAUUAUUUGACAAUUUCUGACUCCAGCGACGACGAGCAAUAUCCUUCCUCGUUCCCGGGCCAACCAAAUCUACCUUUUACGAGCCCUGCUUUCCCGAAUUCCUUUGGACAUCCCACAUACGGUUAUCGAGAUGAGGCUCAAACUCAGGAACAGCUGAAAGAGCUUUUACGGCAGAUUAGGCCUGAUGAAGAGCUCACUGCGGAUCAAAUACCAAAGCAGCCUCCAGGCCUUAAGGCGACACUCAUGCCUCAUCAGCUUAGCGGUCUCGCAUGGAUGAAGCGGAUGGAAGAAGGCACCAACAAAGGUGGCAUUCUAGCUGAUGACAUGGGGCUCGGCAAGACUCUACAGAGUAUUGCGCUUAUACUGGAGCGCCCGCCACCCCAAAACAAACACUGUCCCACCCUUGUCGUGGCACCCGUGGCACUGAUGCAUCAAUGGAAGCGAGAAAUCGAGAAGAUGGUUCGACCGCGAUUUCGCUUGAAUGUCUUCAUUCUCCAUGGAGAGAGUCGCAAAGCUACUUGGACCGCUCUCAAGGCCUACGACGUAGUUCUCACCACCUACGGAUUGCUUACAUCAGAACUGAAACGCAAGAUGGCCCUAGAUGAAAAAGUUAAAAAAUUGAAGGAUUGGCAACCGUCGGCUGCUGAGGACUGUCCUAUCCUCGGGGACAGAUCACGAUUCCACCGUGUGAUACUCGACGAAGCACAAAAUAUCAAGAACAGAAAUGCAAAGGCAGCCAUUGCGGCCUGUCGCAUCCAGGCGGAGUAUCGUUGGGCUCUUACUGGGACACCGAUGCAAAACUCUACCGAAGAAAUCUUCAGCCUCAUCAGAUUCACUCGAAUUGGACCCUAUAACGAGUGGGAGAACUUCAGGAGAACUAUUGGAGGCCCUCUCAAAGGCAGGUAUGAUUCUCCGAAGGAAGUGGCCAUGAAAACACUUCAAGCACUCCUUCGCGCUAUCCUCUUGAGGCGAACAAAGCAAUCCAAGAUACAUGGUCAACCAAUUCUCCAGCUCCCUCCUAAAGAGACUAGGGAGGACCGAGUCGCCUUCGACCAAGAUCAGCUCGAUUUCUACACAGCUUUGGAGACAAGUGCGCAAAUCCAAGUGAACAAGUAUCUGCAGAAAGGGACCCUCGGCCGAAAUUACUCUCACGCUUUAGUACUACUCCUUCGACUUCGUCAGGCCUGCUGUCAUCCAGCCCUUGUUAUUGCGAGCAAAGAUUUUAUCCAACUUCCAGGCGGAGAGCUAGAUGCGGAAGCGCUAAUUCGCAAUGCAGAGCAGCUCGACGCGAAGGUUGUUGAACGGCUGAAGGAAUUGGACGCCUAUGAAUGUCCGAUCUGCUUUGAUGUCACGGAAAACCCGUCGGUGUUUUUCUGUGGGCAUGCUAUAUGUGGAGACUGUCUCAAUCAGCUCGUCGAACAAGCCACCAACGACAACAACGGCGCUCCUCCGGUCUGUCCUCAUUGUAGGGCAAGGAUUGAUGUUAACAACGUCACGGACUAUACCAGUUUCCUUCGCAUCCACUGUCCAGAUCGAGUGGAACAGCGAGAGCAGGAGGACGGGGAUACCGAUUCGGACGACGAUAGCAGCGACGAAUCCGACGAGGGCGACGAUCUCGGCGGUUUCAUUGUUUACGAUGAUGUUGAGGACGAGUCUGAGGACGAAUCAAACAAAGAGCCGAAGAGCCGAUCAUCGAAAUCCAAAUCCAAGAAAGGGAAGGAGAGGUCGAGGUCAAGAUCAAGGCCAAGAGCCAAAGAACCAUCAAAGAGUCUUGCACAGCUUCGGAAAGAUGGUAUGCGUAACAAAGCCGCCAAACGAAAGUAUUUGAAACGGCUCAGGAAGAAUUUCCAUCCUUCGGCCAAAAUCACGCGCACCAUUGAGCUGCUGGAAGAAAUUAAAAGUAAAGGAGAGAACGAGAAGACCAUCAUCUUCUCCAAUUUUACCUCGUUUCUUGAUUUGGUGGAGCUGCCUCUGUGGAAACACAAAGAUUUCUCCAAGUACGUCCGUUAUGAUGGGUCUAUGAGCGCUAAGGACCGCAACGAUGCCGUUCUCGAAUUCACCGACAACCCCAACUGCAAGGUGAUCUUGGUCAGUUUGAAAGCCGGCAAUGCAGGCUUGAACCUGACGGCGGCAAAUCAUGUUAUUAUGCUUGAUCCCUUCUGGAAUCCGUUCGUCGAGUACCAAGCUGCGGACCGAUGUUAUCGGAUUGGCCAAACCAAAGACGUCACUAUUCACCGGGUUCUUAUUGGUGAAGGAGAUUCUGGUAAGGCUCCUAGCCCUUCAGGUUUCACAGUUGAGGACCGUAUCUUGCAGCUCCAAGAGCGGAAACGCGAGCUUGUUGAAACUGCGCUUGACGAAUCAGCUGGUCGUGAGGUGUCGAGGCUCGGUGUGCGGGAAUUGGGCUAUCUCUUCGGCCUCAACGCCCUCUGAACAGCAGUAUUUUGCUGGUGGCCCUAUUUCUGUUCAUGUUAAUUGUAUUAAUUCGAUCGAGCGCUGGCUUCGCGCGGUGGGCGGCAGGCAGGAGGGCUUCAAUGGUGGAGGGCUGGUGCACGAAACAACAUGUUUAGAAGACACAAUAUCAGGACGCAAGACUUGACAAAAGCACUGUACGAUAUCCACUUUACGAUAUCGAGAGCAGAUGCGCAGGAUCGCCUUCAGAUAUGUGCUAUGGUUAAUAACCCAUUUCACAAUACAAUUCUCUUGACCUUCAAUGUCCU